AUGGCAUCGCCUGGAGGUGGUGCCCGGAUCAUGAAAGAGUCCAAGAAACUCGACGAGGAGGAGUUGGCUCAGUACUACUCCAACAUGACAUACCCGAUGGGAUCUUCUCCAAUGAUGUCUCAGUAUCCGACAGCCAUGCCGGGCUCUACAGGAUACGCACCUACCGGCUCUUUAACAUCAUAUGGAUAUCAGACCGCGCAGUACCAGAACCCCUAUACAAUGUCUCCUGAUUCUGCAGCACCAAUGCAAGAUUACCAGCAAUUGAUGACUUCACCUCCUCCAUCAUACCCUGGGUAUAUGUCGGAAACAACCUAUCAGUCUUCCCUUGAUUAUCCUCGUGCUCAGGGUGAUGUCCUCAAUCACCCAGACAAUUAUCGUCUCAUGAACUACACUCUAAACCGCCCGACAUCUCCCACCGAGACAAAUGAUCUCCAGGAAUACGGAAUCCAAGAUCCUUCAAGCGGCACAUGGCGCUGCCGACACCCAGGCUGUACAUCCAAAGCCGUCUUCACGCGGGCCUGCGACUUACGCAAGCAUUUUAAUCGCCAUAUGAAAUAUCUCUUCUGCCGCUAUGAAGGUUGUCCCCAAGCUACUGAGGGCGGCUUUUCAAGUAAGAAAGACCGUGACCGGCAUGAGGCGAAACACAAUCCGCAAAUUCCCUGUGAGAGAGAAGACUGUGAUCGAGUUUUCAGUCGGAUGGACAAUAUGAAGGAUCAUGUGAGGAGAAUCCACGGUAAGAGGAGUCGGUGA